AUGGCAAUCACCGAAUUCGUAUUCCCAUCCCUAAAGCAAGACCCCGAAACAGCUACAGCAUUCACCUCUACCAUCGCACCAUUCCUCAGCAAUCUCAUCGAUACACACUCUACGCCACCGGUACUCAAACGUUUCGGGAAGGUUGUGAGUGAAGAUGGGAGGGAUGUGACGGGGGAGUUUAGGCCGUGUUUGGGGAUUGAGUGGCACCACGCCGCCGACUUCACCACCCUCCUCUCCACCCCCGGCUUCACCACAUUCAAAUCCCUGGUCCAGCCCCACGCCACCGCACCAGCUAACCCACAGUUGUACGAGACCGACCUAGGAGCGACUGACAGUGGAGUGUUUGAGUGUGGGUUGACUGAGGUGUGGCAGGUGAGGGUUGGUGAGGGGGAUGGGGGGGAUCAGAUGAUGGAGGAGGUGAAGAAGGCGUGGAGGGGUUUUGUGGGGGCUGUUGUGAGGGUUGUUGGGGAGGUGGUUUUGGAGGAGAGUGGGAAGACGGGAAAUAGUGUGGAAGGAAUUCAAGGGGUCAGUUUGAAUCAGGGGGAGAGGUUGUGGAUUGGUGUGCUUGGGUGGGAGGGGAGUGAGAAGAGAGAGAAAGUACUCGAGAGCGCAGCUGUGAAGGAAGCGAAGAAAGGACUAGAUGCGUUGGUGUGGAAAACAUUCGUUCUUUCAUUCGCGCAGUAA